UCUCUGCUACCGCUUGCAAUAUACAGUGAGAAGGACAAAAAAAGCUUUCAAGGCAAUGGAGGUACCUGCAGCUCCAGCAACUAAUGGGAACGAAAACAAGGGCCUAAAAACCCUAAUUUCGCUGUACUCCAGCUGUCUCUGGAACCGAGUAGUGGGCUUCGUCCCCUCUUCUGAUUCCAAUUUUCUCGGUAAAAUUCCAAUUUAUUUUCGUGGCAGAUCACGGAAACGCCGAGCAUGUCUUCCCCUACCGCUGCCUUCUAAUUCACUGCAAUACUCUCCGGUAACAACAGAGGCAUCUAGAGUUUGUGAUGUUCUACAUGAUAUUUUGGAGCACAUCUUCUCCAAUCUGCAUAAUAUCCAGAAGAACGUGCAGUUUUGGCAAUCUAGGGCUGAGGGAUCAAAUGCUCAAAAAGUUAAAUUUAUGGUGCUUGAAAGAGGGCCACAAGCUUUUAUUGAAGGAACAAUUCAGCUGAUACAUGGAUGCGUUGCUGAAGGUUCUUCUAUAAAGAAUAUAUGCCUCUCUGCAUCUGCUCACAUAUCUGAAAGGAUAGCUAUAUUAACUAACUUAAGAUGUUCCCUUGCCACAUUUUUGGCCGAGGUUUACAUGGAAAUUGACAGGUUCGGCGAGGAGUUACUGAGAGAUCCAGAGAAUUCAUUGCCCUCCUUAUUAAUUAGGAUUAAUGGCUUAUUCUUCAAACUAGAGGCAUCUGUUGGGCAUCUGCAUGCAAUGCGGCAGUGUGAUUCGUCUGUCGAGGGCAGCUACUCAGUCCCGCUACUAUUUGAGAAACUACCGGAGAUAAAUCAAGAAGGAUCCCAGUGGACAGACUGUGAAAUUAGGGAUGCUAUUAAUCUGGUUUACCAAAAUCUGGAGAAGCUGGAUUCGUACUUGUCUUAUAUUGUUGCAAAACAUCGGAAACCAAGGAAAGUGACUCAAUAUUGGAUCCGUUAUACUUGUGGCGUGGUUGGCCUCUCAGUUUGUUCUAUGUGGCUUAUAGGACAUAGUCGUCUGAUGGGAAGCCCUGACAUUGAUAAUUGGCUUCGUGAAGCGAGGGAUUCAACCAUCAGCUUCUUUAGCGAUCAUGUAGAGCAACCGCUUCUGUCAAUUAGAGAUGAACUUUUUGAGACAUUUAGGAAAAGGCACAGAGGAAUGAUGGAUCUUGAAGAAGUGCAACUAACUUCUAACUCUCUACACAGAAUGUUGUUAGCUUUCAGUGAGCAGACGAAAGGUCAAAAGUUCCCAGAGAAUGCACCGGAUCAGGAAAUGCUUGAAAUAGUUAUGGCCAGGUACGAAAAGGAACUUACACAUCCUAUCACAAACCUUCUUAACGGAGAGCUGGCUCGUGCUAUGCUGAUUCAGGUUCAGAAGCUAAAGCUGGAUAUUGAAACGGCGAUGCUUGAACUCAACCAGAUUUUGAGGGCAAAUGAGAUCAAUUUUGCUAUUCUAGCUGCGUUACCGGCAUUCUUCCUCUCCCUCGUUCUGAUAAUGUUAGUGCGUGCAUGGUUCAAACAGGAUACUAGAGCAGAAGGAAGGGGAAGAAUUGCUCGGCUUCAGAGGAGGUUGCUUGUUGUGGAGGUUGAGAAAAAGAUUAUGCAGUAUCGUACGUUUGUUGAUCAAGGGAUGGAGAAAGAUGCGCAGUGUGUGUACGGAUUGCUGUUGUAUAGUCUGGAUCGCCUAUACCAUGCUGUCGAGAGACAUGCAAAAGCAACCGGUGAAUGGCAGUGGUUGAGUCAAGAUAUAAUUGAUUUGGGGAAGCCCAGCCUUCAAACUGAAUAUAAACUCAGAGUGACCUCACGCUUGGAACGAGUGUAUGACUGUCUGCUUCCUUCAUUGAAACGCCAGUAGGAAUCUUUCCCUGUCCUUUUCCUCUGUAAAUUGCACAUUAGAAAAUUUUGUGAACAAAAUGAUUAUAGUUCUUUUUUCCUUUUUCUUUCUUCAAUGACUAAAGUAGCAACAUACAUUAAUUUUCAAUGACUAGAAGAUACUUGAGUAACAAUAUUUGUUUUGCU